UCGAAGCAUCAAGAUAUGUAAUUGUCAUUCUUUCACGAAACUAUCUCAAUUCUACAUGGUGCUUGGAUGAGCUUGUAAAGGCUGUUGAAUGCAUGAACCUGAUGGGACAAACAAUACUCCCAGUUUUCUAUCAUGUGGAUCCAUCCGAGGUACGAAAGAAAGCAGAUUCUGGGGAAGCCUUCUCUAAGCAUGAAGAAGCCUUUAAAGACAAUAAACAGAAUGUGCAAAGAUGGAGAGAUGCACUUACUCAAGUUUCCAAUCUCUCUGGAUGGCAUUUACAAGAUGAUUAUGAAUCAAAAGUUAUUCAAGAUAUCGUAGGAAAGAUUUUCACUGAAUUAAAUCAACCAAUCUCAAGUGUAGCCACAGAUUUAGUUGGGAUGGAUUCUCGCGUGAAAGAAAUGCUUUCUUGCUUAGACAUGGGGCUGCAUAAAGUUUGUGUCAUAGGGAUUUUGGGCAUUGGGGGAAUAGGUAAGACAACUGUUGCAAGAGUUGUUUACGAGAGGAUAUGUGCUCAAUUCGAAGCUUGCAGCUUUCUUGCCAAUGUUAGAAUUUAG